CGCAUCUUCAAUGUUUCGAAUUUUCCUGGCCACUGGUCUCGAGUACCUCCACUCGGACUGAUGAGAUACCCAGACAUCCGCGUGAUGUAUGGCCAAUCGACGAUGACGGGAGGAUGUAUCCUUUCUUGAUUAUGUUCUCAGCGUCUUCUGUAUUAAUAACCUUCUCCGGGGCUGGUCCUGAGCGUUCAUUCGCAUUUCUCAUUUCCCAGCAGGCUAGCUGGGCUUUUCAUCUUCUUCUCUGCCCUGACCAUUUUUCUUUUCAUUUUGUUUAUACCUGGUCAGGGUUUAACGUGGUUAUGCCAGAAAGUCAGACAGAUGGCGACAUUCGGUUAUUUUCUUGGAUUCUUCUGGGUUGGCGGGUUAGGAAUCGUUUGCUCAUUUCCCUUUGUGAUGGUUAUUUAUCGUCCUGAGAUUGGCGUCUGCAUAUUUUGCUUGAAGCAAUCCUGUCAUGUAGCACAUUGAUAAUGGUGCCACUAUCGAGGCGGAGCUGAGACAACCUCCGUCCGGAUUGUGCGCACGGCUGAUAUGGAGACAUUUCUCAGGUCCAACCUGAACCAUGAAACACCACCAACUGCCCCACGCG